UUCCUUUUCUACUGUAUCUUCCAUUGAGUGAGGAGCCUGGUUCUCGGGGAGCCGAAACACAAAUAUAAAAAUGGUGAGAAUCCUAGCUAAUUUGUUUCAUUUGUAUAUACCAUUUGGCGUCAGCGUUAGUGAGCAAGGUAUAGUCGCAAACCGAACACUUGUCUCGCUACAAUCUUUACAAGGCAAUGCCAUUUAACUCAUUCCAUGUCGAAUCUGAACGAAGCUGACACGAGGCGACAUUUUGGAUGGGCACGGUUCUAGCCAAGUCACAUGUACUUUCCUUGCAACCACAGGCCGGGUUUGCUCAAUUAUAGGCUUGUGCCCGGCCUUUAAUCUCUAUCUACUCCGAGAAAGGAGAGAGUUCUGGCAAAAAUGUCGUUAUGCCUGCCGUGUUCAAGGCUCCCAUCCGCCCGGACAUUGUCAACUUUGUACACACCAACAUGCGCAAGAACAACCGUCAGCCCUAUGCUGUCAGCAAACUGGCCGGUCAUCAGACAAGCGCGGAGUCCUGGGGUACAGGCAGAGCCGUGGCUCGUAUUCCUCGUGUGAGGGGAGGUGGUACCCACCGCUCCGGCCAGGGAGCCUUCGGAAAUAUGUGUCGUGGAGGUCGCAUGUUCGCCCCCACCAAGACGUGGCGCCGCUGGCACCGCAGGAUCAACACUACCCAGAAGCGUUACGCCAUAUGCUCUGCCCUGGCCGCCUCCGCCCUGCCCGCACUCGUCAUGUCAAAAGGACACCGCAUUGAGGAGAUCCCAGAGGUUCCCCUGGUAGUUGAUGAUAAAGUGGAGGGUUACAAGAAGACUAAAGAGGCCGUGCUGCUGCUGAAGAAACUCAAAGCCUGGAACGACAUCAAAAAGGUGUACGCGUCACAGCGCAUGCGAGCUGGCAAAGGUAAGAUGAGGAAUCGCAGGCGUAUCCAACGCAAAGGACCGUGCAUCAUCUACAACCAGGACCAAGGUGUCACCAAGGCCUUCAGAAACAUCCCUGGCAUCACCCUACAGAACGUGAACAAGCUGAACCUGCUGAGGCUCGCCCCCGGUGGUCACGUUGGUCGGUUCUGUAUCUGGACCGAAUCAGCCUUCCGUAAGCUGGACCAGCUCUACGGGACCUGGCGCAAGUCUGCCUCUCUCAAGGUGGACUACAAUCUGCCCAUGCACAAGAUGACCAACACAGAUCUGAGCAGGAUUCUGAAGAGUGAGGAGAUCCAGAAAGCACUUCGUGCACCAAACAAGAAGAUCAGGCGCAGAGUCCUGAAGAAGAACCCCCUGAAGAACCUGAGAAUAAUGAUGAAGCUGAACCCCUACGCCAAGACAGCCAGACGUCAAGCCAUCCUGCUGCAUGACCCGGCUAUCAAGGCCAAGAUGCUGAAGCCUAAGAAGAAGCCGUCCAAGGCGGCCCCAGCCAAGGCGGCCCCAGCCAAGGCAUAGAGCAGCUAACUCAGCUAGCUCUCUUCUAACAGACUUUGGGGUUCAGAGAUGGUUUCAAAUAAAAUAUGUAGUAAAACGA